AUGUCUCUUCCCUUCUUCCUUUUCCUCCUCGUAUUAUCUCCGGCGAUAUCCAUUGCCGCACUUAGCCAAAGCGACGCCGCCAAUCCCGACCAAUUCCGAUUCCCUAACCCUCGCCUCCGAGCGGCGUAUAUCGCCCUCCAAACUUGGAAAACCACAGCCAUCUUCUCCGACCCCCAAAACUUUACCGCCUCAUGGGUGGGCCCCAACGUCUGCUCCUACUCCGGCGUCUUCUGCGCCCCUCUCCCCUUUCAACCCUCCCUUACCGUCGUCGCAGCCAUCGACCUCAAUGGUGCCGACAUCGCUGGAUUCCUGCCCCCUGAACUCGGGCUCCUGUCUGACCUCGCCGUCUUCCACCUCAACUCCAACCGCUUCUGCGGCGUCGUCCCUUCCACAUUUAGCAACCUCAGUCUCCUCUACGAGCUCGACCUCAGCAACAACCGAUUCGUCGGCAAGUUCCCUGCCGUUGUCCUCAAGCUACCGUCGCUUCGAUUCCUCGACCUCCGGUUCAAUGAGUUUGAAGGGAAUAUACCGCCGGCGCUCUUCGACCGCCCGCUUGAUGCCAUUUUCCUUAACUCUAACCGCCUCCGUGGUGGAAUUCCGGGGAAUUUGGGGAAUUCCCCUGUUUCUGUUGUUGUGCUUGCAAACAAUGAUCUUGGCGGGUGCAUUCCGUCAAGUAUUGGAAGGAUGGAGAGAAGCCUUAAUGAGAUUAUUCUUCUUAAUGAUAAUUUAUCUGGGUGUAUUCCGCCGGAGGUUGGGAGGUUGAAGAAACUUACUGUCUUUGAUGUGAGCUUUAAUAGGCUGCAGGGGCCGAUUCCACUGACUUUUGCGGGGUUGACAAGUGUAGAGCAGCUUGAUGUGGGGAGAAAUCAGCUUACGGGAUUUGUUCCCGGUGCCGUUUGUACGCUGCCGAAGCUGCAAAAUUUCACCUUUUCUUAUAAUUUCUUCUCCGGCGAGGCCCCGGAAUGUGUUGGGAGGAGAGGGGUGGUUGUGGAUGGGAGUGAAAACUGCAUUGUUGGAAUUCCGAGCCAACGGCCACCGAGUCAGUGCACGGCGGCUACUACGCUGCCGUUUGAUUGUUCGAAGGCAAAGUGUGGCGCAAGAGAGUUCCCGCUCCCAGCGCCGGCUCACCCGGGUGGGAGGCCGAGUUUGAACACGCCGCCACCACCGAAGCAGGGUGUUAAGGGUAGCGGAAGAAGAUCGCCACCGCCACCGGCGCCUGUUACUGGGGGACACAUAGGGCAGUUCUCUUCCCCUCCGCCGCCAUCGUCGGAGUCAUCUCCGUCGACUAAAUCUCAUCCGCCUCCUGCUACCGGACACGGCUCUCAGCACUCUCCGGUUCCACCGCCACCGCCGCCAGCAUCGUCUGCUGGCAAUGAACCUGCGGAACCGCCACAUUCCUCUGCACCGCCACCUAAAACUUCGUCUCCGCCUGUCUACCAUUUGCCUCCAGCUAAGCAACCUGUUUCGCCACCGACGGCGGAGAAUCCUGUCUACCCUUCCCCGCCUCAUACUGUGAAACCGAUUCACCAUUCGCCUCCACCAGCAGAACCGAUACAUAACUCGCCACCUCCAGUCCACAACCCAGGGCUUUCUUCGCCGCCUCCAGUCUACAACUCGCCGCCCCCUUCGGGCCAACCGGGCUGCGAGUCGCCACCUCCAACGGAGCAUCCUAUCCACAAUACGCCCCCUCCGGCGGGGCAACCAGUGCACAGCUCACCGCCUCCUGUGGAACAUCCAGGUUAUUACUCGCCGCCUCCAUCGGAGACACCGGCCCACCACUCUCCACCCCCAUUGGAGCAUCCGGUUUAUCCCUCGCCACCUCCGCCCGAGCAACCAUUGUAUCACUCACCACCUCCAUUGGUGCAACCUGUGAAUUCGCCCCCUCCGGUCGAGCAACCUGUCUACCACUCACCACCUCCGUUCUACAAGUCGCCAUCUCCAUCGCAACCCGUCCGCAACUCCCCACCUCGGGCAGUGUCACCUCCAUCGGAACAACCGGUCCACAACUCGCCACCUCCGGCAGAGCAACCGGCCUACCAUUCGCCACCUCCAUCUGAACAAUACCAUUCGCCACCUCCAUCUGAACAAUACCAUUCACCACCCCCAGUGGAGCACCCGGGCCAUCACUCUCCGCCUCCAUCAGAGCAACCGAUCCACAACACACCACCUCCAACGGAACAACCCAUAUAUCAGUCGCCGCCUCCGCCCAAAAAGCCAGUACUCCACUCUCCACCACCUCAGGAACACCACCAGCCGCCACCUCUACCGCCUCUAAUUACAUCUUCACCUCCGCCUCCGCCGGAUAACUGCGAAGGCGGGGUGAAUCCUCCUCUGCCGCCCGUCGUCGGAGUGUCCUAUGCGUCGCCGCCGCCGCCCGUGAUUCCUUACUACUGA